AUGCCCUCUGGUACCGUAACAACGCAACCUGGAAUAGAAAUGCCUGCAUUAUCAAAGGUCAGCGAAAUCGUCGGCAGUCAACUCGAGAUUGGAAGGUUUUCAGAAUGCUCACAACCGGAACAAGCGCUAUUAACCGAGCGUGCUCCACCUGGGCUUGCAUGUCUGGAGACAGCUGAUAGACUCAUAAUACGUAAGGUCUACUAUGCUUUCGAAGAAUCGAAAUUAUGCGAGGAAUGUUGCUGUUGUCGUAAUAGGAGUUUCGUGAUGCGCAUAAAGAAUAACGUUGGAAAGGAAGUGAUGCGAAUGGCUCGUCCGUCGAGAUGCUGCUGUGGAGAAAGUGUUGAUAUUAGUGCUGAUCCGGAUAAUUGCACAAUUGAGGCGCCGCCUGGAAAGGAGAUCGGCACCGUGGCCAUGGACCGUCCUUGCUUCCUCAAUAGAUGCAACGUGAAGGAUGCCAACAACCGAGUCAUCCUUAAAAUCGACAAUGCUGUCGUUUGUUGUGGAUGGAGUACAAUCGAUUUCCCGGUGACAACCCAAUCUGGCAAACGCAUCGGCGGCAUUAAAAAGAGGAGCGGCUUCACCACUGAAACCCACUUCAUCGUGCAA